GUGUUGACAUUUAUGGCAGUAAGAACCAACCUCCGCGACUGACAUAAGCCCACCUAUUUCAUAUCGGGGCACGCAUAUGGGGGCACGACAUACAAAUAUGUGAUGAAAGAGGAGGAGGAGCCGUCCACGAUACUCUCGUCAUAGCGGGACGUCUGCAUCGCGAGAACGGUAUUGGAAGGAGUUGGAGCGCAGCGUUCGCAGGUUCAUCAUGCAUUCUACUUGUCGCAAUGGAGCAAUGACGCCAAAAGUAGGUGUUUCGUUUCUGCAAAUGAGAGUUUAAUGACAAGUAGGUGGUACUUGUCAAUCCAUCUCGUUGUGCACCAGCGAACUGGUUAGAAUGACACAUUUUCCCUUGGCGCUCUGGAAGUUGAAGCUCAAAUUGGGAACAGGAGGAAGGGGACGUAGUAGUCGGGUGUCUGACAGGAAAGGGCACGCUGUCUAGCCGAUCUGGACACAAAACCCAAAGCUGUCAUUCGAAUCUGGAUCCGGACAUCCAUGUGUUUACACCACUGAUCGUUGCCUGUAGGCCCACGCGUGCGCCAAGUGCCCACAGUAAGCUCAUCCACCGGAGCAGCCAGAUAGCAUGGGGGUCCACGGGGAGGAACAGCAAGGAGAUCCAUCCAACGGGGACUUUCGGAGCGAGCAGACGCCGGUAGACCCGGCGGAGAUGGAGCAGAAUAAAGGUAGCGGUGCUGCUCACGACCCGGACAGCAGUCGCCCGGUCGAGGACGGCAAAAAGACGGCGAAGAGUGAAUGCAACGUCGCGCCAGAGGAGAGCACCGUGCAUCUGAUAGAUACCGUAUGCACACCGCCCGGGUCCCCCUGUCGCGACGCCCGGUCCCCGGGAGCCGGGGUAGACUUCGUUCCGCCCGACGGGGGCUUCGGGUGGAUAGUGGUGUUUGCCGCCACUUGGUGCAAUGGUUCAAUCUUCGGGAUUCAAAACUCCUUUGGCAUCCUCAACAUGAUGCUGAUGGAGGAACACGCCGACCCCAAUGACCAAAGGUCGCAGUUCAAAGUGGCCUGGGUGGGGGCCCUAGCGAUGGGGAUGAUCUUCCUCUGCUCCCCGGUGGUCAGCAUGUUCACCGACCAUUUCGGCUGCCGGCGGACGGCGGUGGGCGGAGCCACCGUGGCCUUCAUCGGGCUGCUCGGCACCUCGUUCGCAACCUCGCUGCGGCUGCGUUACUUCACCUACGGCAUCCUGUUCGGCUGCGGCUCCUCCUUCGCCUUCCAGCCCUCGCUGGUCAUCCUGGGGCACUACUUCCGGCGGCGGCUGGGCCUGGCCAACGGGGUGGUGACGGCGGGGGCCAGCUUGUUCUCCAUGGGGCUGCCCGUGCUGCUGCAGAAGGUGGCCAAGCCCCUGGGCCUGUGCCGCACCUUCCAGAUCCUCAGCAUCUUCAUGCUGGUGCAGGCGCUGCUGGCCCUGACCUUCAGACCCCUGCUGCCCGCGGGGCUGGGCUGCGGGCCGGGGGGCAUGCCCUCCGCGCCCUCGGGGCCGGCGGACCCCCAGGCCAGCAGGGGGAGCCGGGCCCUGGCCCAGGUCAGGAGGUACUUCAACCUCCGCGUGUUCCACAUCGUCACCUACCGCGUCUGGGCGUUCGGCGUCGCCACGGCGGUGCUGGGAUACUUCGUGCCCUACAUGCAUCUGAUGAGCUUCGUCAAGGAGCAGUUCAAGGAGACAGACAAGGAGUGGGUGCUGCUGGCGUGCAUCGGGGCGUCGUCCGGGGUGGGCCGCCUCGCCUUCGGGAAGAUCGGAGACCUGGUCCCGGGACUCCAGAAGAUCUACAUGCAGGCGACCUCCUUCAUGGUGCUGGGUCUGAUGUGCAUCCUGAUCCCCCAGUGCUGGGUGUUCGAGGGGCUGGUGGCGGUCUGCGUGCUCCUGGGCCUUUGUGACGGCUGCUUCCUCACCCUCAUGGCGCCCGUGGCGUUCCAGCUGGUGGGGCCGAUGCGCGCCUCGCAGGCUAUAGGCUACCUGCUGGGCCUCAUGGCCAUCCCCAUGACGGCAGGGCCGCCCCUCGCCGGGCUCCUCCACGACCACUUCGGGGACUUUACACUGGCCUUCUCCCUGUCGGGGGUGCCCCCCAUCGUCGGGGGUGUGGUGCUGUUCCUCGUGCCCCUGAUCCACCGCAGGCUCCAGGCCGGCCAGCAGGGGGCCUCCCCUGAAGACCCGGGGCCCGCCGACCACAUGCUGUCCCAGGAGCCCAAGAGCAGCUCCAACGGGGGCCUUCUCCCAGGCUACACGGACGUGGAGACGCACAUCUGAAGCAGCACUACAAAGGGAUUCAGACCACCAGCACCUUAUGGCCAAGCCUCUCGCUGUUCCCGACUCACGAUGGAUCUGUCACUGGGGAUGCAAUCACACCAACCUCAUCUCACCCUCUACCGGAGCUGUGAAAGGUUUAUAGAAACUGGGUCACCAUCGCAACUGCUACACCUACGCAUUGCCUCUCCCCCCCCCCCCCCCCCCCCUCCAUAUACACACACACACACUCUCACUCACAUA